AUGCAUAAAUCGACGUUGUCCAUCUGCGGUGUUCUGUUGUUGCUCUUCUCAGUGUUCACACUUGCUGCUCAACAAGAGAAAACUUGUCUUCAAAUUCGUCAUCCCAGCGAAUUCACCAUUCCAAGAGGCUGGAGAAGAUUCUUCGAUCCAUCUGUCUCUGAAUCUUUCCAUCCACAACUCGCUUCCUUCUUAUGGGAAACUCAAAAAGCAAAUGUGACUCUUUCAUUGCAUUCACAAAACACUGAAUGGCUUCGAGAAGAAUUCGAAAGCGUCUCUGAUCCUUUUCAUCCCAAAUUUAGAAAGUUUUUGAGUAUGGAACAAGUCGCAAGAAUGACCUCUCCUCAUGCUUCUCACAAACAACUCGUGCGAGAAUUCAUUAAAAAGAAUUUGCCAGGUGCUCAAAUUGUUCACGUUUCCGCUCAUGAAAACUUUGUCACCAUUCAAGCUCCAUUAAAGACUUUGAAUGAAGCUUUUAAGGCAAGAAUGGUUCCAUUCAUUCAUGAAGAAACUGGUCGAAUGGUGUAUCGAUCUGAAAUUGGUUAUGCUCUUCCAAUGGAGAUUACAAAUGCUGUGCAUGCUGUUUUUGGUUUGCAUCAUUUUCCAAUUUAUUCUGCCAAGAUUAAAAGUGUUCGAUCUCAAGUGACAGAGAAAAGAAGAGCCAUGCAAAGCUAUGACACAACUCCUCAGGCUUUAUGGAAAAGAUAUAACAUCACAUUACCAACUUCGACUUCUCCAAAGAAUCAACAGGCAGUGGCUUCCUUUUUGGGACAAUAUGUCGAAUUAAGCGAUUUGACUCAAUUCCAACAAAUGUUCAAUUUACCACCUGUCAAAGUUACCAUCCUAGGUCCUAACGAUCAGAGUAAUCCAGGAACUGAAGCUGCUCUCGAUAUUCAAUACAUUACUGCAGUAGGAUACCUCGUCAACACGACCAUCAACUCCAACGAUCCAAACGAUCAAAGUGAUGACAUCUUCCUUCGAUGGAUCAAGACUCAACAAGCCAUGGGCGAUCGAUCUGCAUGGGUUCAUUCAGUCUCUUAUGGAGGUGUUGAAAAAUAUGUUCCUAAAAACUUCCAGUCCACUCUCGAUAUUGAAUUCCAAAAAAUUGGAGUGACAGGAAGGACAAUUCUCGUUGCCAGUGGUGACGAUGGUUCUCGUUGCAAUUCCAAUGGUGACAAAUUUGAAGCUGAAUGGCCAACUUCUUCUCCUUAUGUGCUCUCUGUCUGUGCUACUCGUCCAAGUGACACCUAUUUUGAGAGAUCUGUAAGUUGGGGUGGUGGUGGUUUUGCUGAAUCAUAUGCUCGUCCAUCGUAUCAAGCAGAAGCUGUCUCUCAAUAUUUGAGAAGUAAUUCAGUUCCUCCAACUUCAUAUUUCAAUGUCAAUGGAAGAGCUUAUCCAGAUGUUGCUGCAUUGGGAGUGGAUUAUCAAAUUGUGGUGGGAGGACAAGUGCAAGCAGUGGAUGGAACUUCUGCAUCGACACCUGUCUUUGCAGGAAUUGUUUCUUUAUUGAAUGAUUUGAGAUUUAAAGUUGGAAAGCAACCAUUGGGAUUCUUGAAUCCAUGGUUGUAUCAAGUUGCUGCUAAGGAGAGAGGUGCUUUCUUUGACAUUACUCAAGGUAAUAAUGGAGUCACUCCAUGUCCUGGUUUUAGUGCCACUCAAGGUUUUGAUCCAAUUAGUGGUUUGGGAGUUCCUAAUUUUGAAGUGUUGAGAAGACUUGCUUUGCAGUCACCUUAA